AGUAUCGGCGACGAUAACCUUCCCCGCCGCUCGUCUAUCGCUCCCUGUUCUGAUCAGCUUAUUCACUUCUAUCCAACUUCCGAAGCGGGCAGAAUGAGCUGAAUCUCUAGGGCUUCGAUCAUCGGAGUUAUGUUCGGAUCUGAGUGAAGAUCGCGCGAAGUAGCACGCGAGAUGGAGAGGCUUGUGGGGACGAGCGAGGAAGAGGACAUGGAGAUGGAUUUGGAGGUGAAGGAGGAGGAUGAGGAUGACGAGAGGAGCCGGAGGUUGAUAGCGGCUGAGGAGAUGGGAGGCAGGUUCUUUGAAGAGGAGUCGGCUUCCGGCGAUCAGAUCCAUAUCCAUGGGAUGGGUGGGAGAAGAAGCCGGCCUAAAGAGGAGAAAGAGAGGACGAAGCUGAGAGAGAGGCACCGGCGAGCGAUCACGGCGAGAAUUCUGGCUGGCUUGCGGCGGCACGGGAACUAUAAUCUGCGAGUUCGCGCUGAUAUUAAUGAUGUGAUCGCAGCACUUGCAAGGGAAGCCGGAUGGGUCGUCCUUCCCGACGGCACCACUUUCCCUUCUCGUUCCUCUCCUACUUCCUCCCAGAUUGGAAAACCUGCCGAAGCUUUUCCGCUUGCAGUGGCGGCGCCGCCCUCGACGACGCCGCAGCCUAGGGGAUUAUCCCCUGCCGGCGAGCAGGUUCGUUUCGGUGAUUACCGGCAGGGGCGACCCAAGGCACAUUUCCUUCUGCCUACGAUGGCCAAUAUCGUCAAGGGGUGGUGA